GUCUGUUUCUGUUUCAUAAAAGUUCAUUUGUGUCAUAUUUUAGGUUGAGGAAUCCUAUUUUGAUUUGCUUCCCUUUUUUUCUUUUUUACUUUCCUUUCCUGUUUUUCUUAAUUCAAAAGUCUAAGCUAAGAAAAACAGAGCCCUUAAAUGGCUUAUUGGUCUGGACAAUAAAAAAUGCUUUAACAGAAGGAGAUAGUAGCUUAUGAUUCUGUUACAUUACGUUACCUGCACAGGCUAUUACAAUCUCCUCAUAUCAUUUCCCACUGGGAGUAUUGAAACAGGAGUGGAAUUUUAUACAUUUACUUCUUUAUUUAUACAUUUACUUCGUGAAAUUAAACUGUUUGAGGAUAUGACAUUGGGAUAUAUGUGAAGUGAAUAUUCAAAUUCUAAUUUUGAAAAAUUCCCAUUUAUUUUUACCAUUUGCUCCUAAGAAAUCGUCUUUUUUUUUUUUUUGCGUGCCUUGCAGAAUCUUAGUUCCCCCACCAGGGAUUGAACCCUGGCCCAAGGCAGUGCAAGUGUGGAAUCUUAACCACUGGACAACCAGGAAUUCCCAGAAAUCAAGUCUUUGGAAUCAAAGUCUUUAACAUAUUUCAUUUAGGUAGAAAUUAAGAAAUAUUUUAAGUCUAAGAUGAUAGAUUGCAGUUGUGAAUGUUGUAACUGAAACCGUAACAUGAGGAAAUUAUAGCAGGUCUUAAAAGUUCACCUUUGCUACUUUCUGUUAUUAGUGGAUAGUCUUUCUUCUUUUCUCCCCACAGGAAAAGAUGGUUUCUCUACGCUAUGGAAUCCUGAAACAUGAUCUUUCUUAAAAGGGGGAUGCAUAUGUCUUUGGAAGGAAUGCAUGCAGAAAAAUAGGCUGGAGGAGACCCGAAUGAGUUAUUGAAAGUUUAACAAGCUUCUGAAGGACAGAGCAGCUCCAAGAAGCUGGGCUGUUACCGCAUCUUGAAGGUUGAGAUUUGGGAGGACCAGUGAUGGUGUCCCCUGCUGCCAACAUUCAUGUGGUUUGUUGAUGAUAUGACUAAAGGGCCAGGUUCUUAUUUAUAUUUUUAGGUGGGGCCUUUUAAGGGAGUUCAGACAGUAGGGAAAUAGAGCACACGGCAACUUGGAGAACAGCAGCCUUGGAGAACAUUAUGCCUUUGCUUAACUCGAGGGUUAAAACAAUCCAUAGGAAAUUGUUUGGGGUUUUUCUGGCUGGUGCAAACACUGUGCAGCCCUUGUUUUCAAGUGCACUGUCUAUAAAGGGUCAAAAGAAAGUUCAAAUAAAAUUAAAGCCUAGAGAACGAGGCUGUACACACACAUAGCCCAAUGAUCGUCCAUGUGACAUUCCCUAAGUCUAUUGCCUGGCAUCAUUUGGCGGGAUGUUUAAGUCAAUGGCAGAGCUAUUUUCCUAUCUCUGCCUAAAAGUGCCAGAGAUAUACUGGGUGUGUUUGGUCUGGGGUCAAAAGGCAUGCGAGAAGAAACAUCAGAGACAAGCCUUUUUUGGUUUUAAAUUGUCUUAUCUGUGUUUGAACUCAGUUCUGUCCUAAUUGAAAAGGACAACUCAUGGGGUAACCAAGACAGUGAACUUUGGUGUCCAAGGUGAAAGUGAAUGAGAAACAAAAAUAUUUCUCUGGUGAGUUUUGUGAUGAGAAGCAGGAAAUCUGACCCUAUGGAGCUCUAAAGUCCUUCCUACAUCUUUAUCUUUUCCAUCGAAGAGGUCACAUUCAUUACAUAGCACAGUUCUUGGAGAGAGUCCUUCACUUUGAACAAAUGAGUUAAAAUGUUUAUAUCCAAAAAAUAAAAGGUGUAUUUUCAGUAGAGUUUCUUUGAUUAGGAAAAGAAAGACACUACUGUGUCCUACCAUUUUUUUCCUGAUUGUCUGUUGUAUUUUUGACAAGUGCCCUCACUUCAAAAAGUCUGUGUUUUAAUUCUAAAUUCAUAAUGAUCUCUCUUAUCCAACUGAUAAGAUUACCAAGGUUCUUUUUCCUCUGCUGUUACCUAGUGUUUGUAAUUAUCUUCCCUUAAUGUUGGACAGGGGAGGGGAUAAGGAGAGAAUAUACAGCAAAAAUCAGUCAUGUUUUAUUCAGUGGCCCAUCCUGUUUGUUGAUUUCUCCAUCCCUCCAUCCAUCCACCCAUCCAUCUAUCCAUCCAUCCAUCCAUACAUACAUCUGUCCAUCUAUCCAUCCAUCCAUACAUCCACCCAUCCAUCCAUACAUCCACCCAUCCAUCCAUAUACCCAUCCAUCCAUCAUCUAUCCAUCCAUUCCAUCUGUCCACACAUGAACCCAUCUUAUAUUCAUUGAUCAUAUACUAUGAACCAGGCAAGCUAGGAUCUCUCCCAUGAAGGAGAGUAGACCUAAUGAUAGGCAUUUAUAGUGGAAAAAUGUUAAAAUCAGGCAAAUUCAAUCAUGGGAGGAUGUUAUCACCUGUUUUUAGGGGUUUCAGGGAAAGUUUCAGGGAAGAAGUACUGUCUCUACUGAUACAGGAAAGAUGAAUUGAAGUUUAGCUGGAUGAACACUGUGUGUUUGGUCUUGGGUAUGGUUAAGAGGUGAAGAAGAGUUUCCAGAAGAAGAGUUGUGUUUCUGAAGUCCUUGCAAAUUCAGAACUUCCCUAAUUGAAGAAUAAUUCUGACAAAAGAUGGUGGAUAUUUCCUUUUAUCAGCUAAUAUGGCGCCACCCUGUGGCCACUUCGUAAACAGAGUUUAGCGUUCCCUCGUCUGGGCCAGCUUCGAAACUACAAUUCUUGAAGAAUUUUAACAUUUUGGGUGGAUUUAACAUUGAUUCAAAUUAAUGUGAGACCAUAUUAAUGUUUUUAAUAUAUUAUUUCAAAGCUGCAUAAUUCACGUUCACAUCAAAUAGGACCAAGUUCUGGAGAGUGUAGCUCAUGGCCAUUUGAUGGAAUUGAAAGUAGUUGAGCAUGGGUAGCAUGUAGACCAGAGAGUAGUAAUACGUUAGGAAGGAGAUAGAGGGAAGGAAGAAUAGCGGGAGAGGAGAUUGAUCAUCAAAGGCCCUGAUCAUCAAAGGCUGUGAACCACGACAAGAGGAUUGCAGUGGGUUGCCUUUCAAGAAUGUUAAGGAGGGAAUGGCAAGGUCAGUCUUAGGCUUUCUUCAAGUUUUAAUAGAGCAAGUUGGAAUUAGACUGAGGCUAUGUAUGGGUUUUGGAUAUUUGCAGAAUAUUCCCCUUUAUUUAUAAUUAGACUUGGGUUAUAAACAAUAUAAGCUUUCAUAGUUUCAAAAUACUUUUAAGUUUUUUGUUUUGUUUAUUUGUUUUUGAAGGGUCCACUAAGUACCUUGGAAGAGACAAGAAAAUACAUGGCUUAACCCCAAAAAGAUUGGGUAGAGGCUCGACCCAGUCUUGGGAUCUAAGGUUGGGGGAGAAUUUGAUUAGCGAAUCAUACUUGGGGGUCCCUGGUAAAAUAGGUUAAGGAAAACAUGAGUUAGACAAAGUUAAACUUCUUUACUGUGGGACUUCUUAGAGCCUUGAAAGCAUUCAUGUCUGUUGUGAACCUUUAUGAUUAAGGCAUGUAGCGUGUGCCACACUUGUUUCACCGCUAAGGAAGCUUCACUCUGGAAAUAGUCAUUAUAGUCUGGCUGAGAGCUUGUUAUCCAUUGCCACAGUAAUGCUGCGUAACAAGCAACUAUAACAUCUCAGUGGAAUACAAUAAUAAAACUGUAUUCAGCUUGCAAGUUUGGGGAGUUCAGCUGAUCUUGAUCUGGACUUGGCUGAUUCCAGCUAAUCUCACUCACGUGUCUCUCUCUGGUCAGGUGUGGAUUGGGCAGGCAGCUCUUCUGAUCUGGGCUGGGUUUGCUCACAUGUCCGGGAGUUCAGCUGGCUGUUGAAUGAUCUAGGAUAGCUUUAGCUAGGAAGACUGGGGGUCACUUGUCUCUGCUAUAUAUGGCUUUCAUUCUGAGGCACGCUAGACCUAGCAUGUUCUCCUGGCCAUGACAGAGGAGCAAGAAUGAGAGCGAUGCCAGCAGUGCGUGUAUUUUUCAGCAUUUGCUUGCAUCGUGUUAAUAUCUCAUUGGUCAAGGGAGUCACACGGCCAGUUAGAGUAGGAGGACACUGCAAGGUUACAUAGCAGAAUGUAGAUCCAGGGAAGGAGGAGACUCAGGCUCUGUUUGCAGUCAGACCCUGGAACCCAACUUGAGAAUUGCCUGUUGAGAUCACAGUCAACUGAGGGUGAGGAAUGAGGUCAGACUUUUCACUAUGCCAUGGCCACAGACUGUACUUUUAGUUCUGAUAAGCAAUCUCACAGAUAGAUGCCUGGCCCAGGUCAAGUGAGAGAGUGUUCAUCUGGUUCCCCACAGGACUUCUAUUUUCUUUCUGUGGAAUCAUUUCAGGGCUGAAAGGAUUAUGGUCAUCAGCUAGUUCUAGUUGCAUUAUGUUGGAAAUGAAUAAACAGAGACUCAGAGAGGUUAACCGGCCAGCCUAAAACUACUCAGCUAGCUAGAAGCCAAGCUGAGCCUGGAACCCAGAUGUUCCUUUAAUCUCAUUGGGUUUUAAUAACCUCAAAGAAACUGUGUUUGGGGUGAAGGGGAGGUGGUGGAAGGGACUGAAAUUGUGUUUGCAAUCAUUGUAUGUGAACAAAUCACAUUCCUUCUGGAGGGACUAUAAUAAAAGUAAUUUUUAAAUAGAUGAUAGAUGUCUUUGGAAGGACAAAGUAGAUAGUUAAAAACUGAGUUGCUGAAUACUGUGACUGGAGUUUUGUUUUGUUUUUUUUUCAGAGGAAAAGUGGGGUGUGGUUUGAAGUGGGAAGGGCCCUCGGUUGGAGGACAGCGCUGUGAUUUGACUAAGUGGACGUCACCUUCAGUCAGUCCCCAGCCAUCUGGUCUUAAAUAUAAUCAUGGCCAAACCUUAUGAAUUUAAUUGGCAGAAGGAAGUUCCUUCGUUUUUGCAAGAAGGAGCAGUUUUUGACAGAUAUGAAGAGGAAUCCUUUGUGUUUGAACCCAACUGCCUCUUCAAAGUGGAUGAAUUUGGCUUUUUUCUGACCUGGAGAAGUGAAGGCAAGGAAGGACAAGUUCUAGAAUGUUCUCUCAUCAACAGUGUUCGACUGGGAGCCACACCAAAGGAUCCCAAAAUUUUGGCUGCUCUUGAAGCUAUUGGAAAGUCAGAAAAUGACCUGGAAGGGCGGGUAGUUUGUGUCUGCAGUGGUACAGAUCUGGUGAACAUCAGUUUCACAUACAUGGUGGCUGAAAAUUCAGAAGUAACUAAGCAAUGGGUCGAAGGCCUGAGAUCCAUCAUACACAACUUCAGGGCCAACAAUGUCAGUCCCAUGACAUGCCUCAAGAAACACUGGAUGAAAUUGGCAUUUAUGACCAACACAAAUGGGAAAAUUCCAGUUAGGAGUAUUACCAGAACCUUUGCAUCGGGGAAGACAGAAAAGGUGAUCUUUCAAGCACUCAAGGAGCUAGGUCUUCCCAGUGGAAAGAAUGAUGAAAUUGAACCUGCAGCAUUUACUUAUGAAAAGUUCUAUGAACUGACACAAAAGAUUUGUCCUCGGACAGAUAUAGAGGAUCUUUUUAAAAAAAUCAAUGGAGACAAAACUGAUUAUUUAACGGUAGACCAAUUAGUGAGCUUUCUAAAUGAACAUCAACGAGAUCCUCGAUUGAAUGAAAUUUUAUUCCCAUUUUAUGAUACUAAAAGGGCAAUGCAGAUCAUUGAGAUGUAUGAGCCUGAUGAAGACGUGAAGAAAAAAGGCCAAAUAUCAAGUGAUGGGUUUUGCAGAUACCUGAUGUCAGAUGAAAAUGCCCCAGUCUUCCUAGAUCGCCUAGAGCUUUACCAAGAAAUGGACCACCCUCUGGCUCACUACUUCAUCAGCUCUUCCCACAACACCUAUCUCACUGGCAGACAGUUUGGUGGGAAGUCUUCAGUAGAAAUGUACAGACAGGUCCUCCUGGCUGGUUGCAGAUGUGUUGAACUUGACUGUUGGGAUGGAAAAGGUGAGGACCAAGAACCAAUAAUAACUCAUGGAAAAGCAAUGUGCACAGAUAUACUUUUUAAGGAUGUCAUUCAAGCCAUCAAGGAAACUGCAUUUGUCACAUCUGAAUAUCCUGUAAUUCUCUCCUUUGAAAAUCACUGCAGCAAAUAUCAACAGUACAAGAUGUCCAAAUAUUGCGAAGAUCUAUUUGGAGAUCUCCUGUUGAAACAAGCCCUUGAAUCACAUCCACUGGAACCAGGCAGACCUUUGCCAUCCCCAAAUGACCUCAAAAGAAAAAUACUCAUCAAAAAUAAACGGCUGAAACCUGAGGUUGAAAAAAAACAGCUUGAAGCUUUGAAAAGUAUGAUGGAAGCAGGAGAAUCCGCUGCCCCAGUGAACAUCUUAGAGGAUGAUAAUGAAGAGGAAAUAGAAAGUGCUGAGCAAGAGGAAGAAGCUCACCCUGAAUACAAAUAUGGAAAUGAACUUUCUGCAGACGACUUGGGUCACAAGGAAGCUAUUGCCAAUAGUGUUAAGAAGGCUUCAGAUGACCUUGAACAUGAAAACAACAAAAAGGGCCUGGUAACUAUAGAAGAUGAGCAGGCAUGGAUGGCAUCUUAUAAAUAUGUAGGCGCCACCACUAAUAUCCAUCCAUAUUUGUCCACAAUGAUCAACUAUGCACAGCCCGUAAAGUUUCAAGGUUUCCAUGUGGCUGAAGAACGCAAUAUUCAUUAUAACAUGUCUUCUUUUAAUGAGUCAGUUGGUCUAGGCUACUUGAAGACACAUGCGAUUGAAUUUGUGAAUUAUAACAAACGGCAAAUGAGUCGCAUUUACCCCAAGGGAGGCCGAGUCGAUUCCAGUAAUUACAUGCCUCAGAUUUUCUGGAACGCUGGCUGCCAGAUGGUUUCGCUGAACUAUCAAACCCCAGAUUUAGCGAUGCAAUUGAAUCAGGGAAAAUUUGAGUAUAAUGGAUCGUGCGGGUACCUUCUCAAACCAGAUUUCAUGAGACGGCCUGAUCGAACAUUUGAUCCCUUCUCUGAAACGCCUGUUGAUGGGGUUAUUGCAGCCACUUGCUCAGUGCAGGUCAUAUCAGGUCAGUUCUUAUCAGAUAAAAAAAUUGGCACAUAUGUAGAAGUGGAUAUGUAUGGGUUGCCCACCGACACUAUCCGGAAGGAAUUCCGAACACGCAUGGUGAUGAACAAUGGACUCAAUCCAGUUUACAAUGAAGAAUCAUUUGUAUUUCGGAAGGUGAUCCUCCCCGACCUGGCAGUCUUGAGACUUGCAGUGUAUGAUGACAACAACAAGCUGAUUGGCCAGAGGAUUCUGCCACUGGAUGGCCUCCAAGCAGGCUAUCGACACAUUUCUCUUCGAAAUGAGGGAAAUAAACCUUUAUCACUGCCAACAAUUUUCUGCAAUAUUGUUCUUAAAACAUAUGUGCCUGAUGGAUUUGGAGAUAUUGUGGAUGCUUUAUCAGAUCCAAAGAAAUUUCUUUCCAUUACGGAAAAGAGAGCAGACCAAAUGAGAGCUAUGGGCAUUGAAACCAGUGACAUCGCCGACGUGCCCAGUGACACAUCAAAGAAUGACAAGAAAGGGAAAGCCAACACAGCAAAAGCAAGUGUGACCCCUCAGAGCAGCUCAGAGCUCAGGCCCACCACCACAGCCACCCUGGGAGCUGGCCUGGAGGUCAAGAAAGGUAUUGAACUGAUCCCUCAAGUGAGGAUAGAAGAUUUAAAGCAGAUGAAGGCUUACUUGAAGCAUUUAAAGAAACAACAGAAGGAGCUCAGUUCUUUAAAGAAGAAACAUGCAAAGGAGCACAGUACCAUGCAGAAGCUACAUUGCACACAAGUUGACAAAAUUGUGGCGCAGUAUGACAAGGAGAAGUCAACUCAUGAGAAAAUCCUAGAGAAGGCAAUGAAGAAGAAGGGGGGAAGUAAUUGUCUCGAAAUGAAGAAAGAAACAGAAAUUAAAAUUCAGACGCUGACAUCAGAUCACAAAUCUAAGGUCAAGGAGAUCGUGGCGCAGCACACAAAAGAGUGGUCAGACAUGAUCAACACUCACAGUGCAGAGGAGCAGGAGAUCCGGGAUCUGCACCUCAGCCAGCAGUGCGAGCUACUCAAAAAGCUCCUGAUCAACGCCCACGAGCAGCAGACCCUGCAGUUGAAACUGUCCCAUGACAGGGAAAGCAAGGAAAUGCGAGCACACCAGGCUAAGAUUUCUAUGGAAAAUAGCAAAGCCAUCAGCCAAGAUAAAUCUAUCAAGAAUAAAGCAGAACGGGAAAGGCGGGUCAGGGAAUUAAACAGCAGCAACACUAAAAAGUUUCUGGAAGAAAGAAAGCGACUCGCAAUGAAGCAGUCCAAAGAAAUGGACCAGUUGAAAAAAGUCCAGCUUGAGCACCUCGAAUUCCUAGAGAAACAGAACGAGCAGCUUUUGAAAUCCUGUCAUGCAGUGUCCCAAACGCAAGGCGAAGGAGAUGCAGCAGAUGGUGAAAUUGGAAGCCGAGAUGGACCGCAGACCAGCAACAGUUGUGUGAAACUCCAGGACGCAAACUGAAACCGCAGAACCACUGCAUCAAAAGAGCACUCCCAAAGUUCUGAACACAAAUUCCGUGGAAGAAAGCUGAUGUCUUUUGCGUCUCCUUUAUGUAUAGACAAGAUGUCACCUGAAACCACAGAGACUUACGUACUUCUCUUAAAUGUUUUGAAUACUGAAUUUCCUUGGCCAACUAAAAGUAGCUACAAAUCCCCCAAAAUUACGAUUCCAAUAAGGCAGAGUUUACCCAUUGAUCAUACCACUUAAACAUGUUUGCUAUAAAGUACCAUCACAGAUAAAUGAGCUUGGUGUUAACAACUCUGCUUUGUGAUGCAUUAGGACAUGUUUGAGCAACAGCAAAAAUAGUGUAUUAGCCAUGUGAUAGUAAGCGCAUGCACUAGGGGGAAAAGAAACUCUGUCUACAAAUUUAUCAGCAGAAGUGGUGAUCUGCUAGACAAAUAAUCUGGGGGAAUUUUUCUACAUCUAAGUUACCUCAUCAGUAAGUGCCAAGUCUCCACCAUGCCAUAAGAAGCUAACUUCCUGUAACAGUUGUGGAAAUUAUUAGAACAAUAGAAAAAAAAAGAAAAAGAACAGUGUCCCUGUGCCAAAACCAUCAGUGCUCAAAAGGAGAACUCUGUCAGGCACUUUUAAGAAAGUUGACAUCUGACAUUGCUUUCUAGGAAUUGCUUCUGCCAAUUCCAGAUUAUUACAGCUCACUCUUACACCAUAAAGAUUGUGAAGUGGUUAUUGGCAAACGUUUGUAAAUGUGACCAUGUAUAAAGUAUUUAUACUCCUAAUUCUCACUGUCAGAGAGCAAAAUCAUCUAAGUAUUGCCACAUGACAAGAUUAGUAAACAGGAAUACUAGAACUAUGUUUGCAUGAUACACAAGCACCAAUUAUGACUAAUCCGUACACAGUUAACCUAAUGCAAGUAAAUACUGGUUAAGAAAAUGUAUGGCACAGAAUAUAAUUUGACUCUCAAGACUUUUAGCAUAAUGAAGAAGUCUAUAUAUAUGUGUAUACGAAUUAUGUGGGCAUUCUUGAUACUUCAAGUUCUAGUUUCAAAAAAAAUACAUAACUAAUUUAAUUUUACACAAAAAUAUUUAUGCAGAUUUUCAGAAUUUCAUAUCAGGAAAUAACCUUUUUAUGUCUGUUAAAUAUCAAAACAAUUUGCUACAGUGUUAAUCUGCAUGGUCUUUAAGCCUGCUGUAGUUGUGUUGCAGAGACUGCAUGAAGAAGUCCCCCCUGGGAAUGGAGCCAUGCCCCAAAGCCCAGAGGAGUGCAUGGAAACUGUAAUCUAGAGCUAAUCAGAUUACUGAUUUUAGGGCACAAACCACCAACUGAAUUGUUGUAUAUGCUUGUACAGAUUGAUUCUGUGUGUUCCUCUGAAUAAAGCAGAGAAAAUUAUGUUACCAUCAAUAUUGAAAUUAAACUUCCAACUUCUCUAAUAAAAAAUGAAAA